CUAAGAUACCGCACCUCCCCCAGCAACGUCACCGUCCCCCUUUUCCCUCGCGGUCGGAGCUAGAUACAUAGCUUUAAUUCCAAUCCCAUCCUAUCCUAUUUUUCUAUUUCCUUGACGAUAUCGCUCCUUGAUUUCCGACGGUCGAGAGAGAAAGCGCGCGCGCGUGUGUGGGUGGUCGGUCGUUUCGUUUCCACAUAAUCAUGGCUACUGCUACCGGCGGCAGAGCGUCCUCUGCCUCUUCUACCCCGGCGGGGAGUCUGGUCGAUGCGUCGGGGUAUAAGUAUGCCGAGAAGGAUACCAAACCUGGGAAGAUUAAGUUGAAGAAGUCGGCGGCGAAUGCUAAGUCCGGGAAGAAGAAGGGUGAUGUGCCUGAAUCCCCCGGUUCCUCGUCGCCUAUAUUACCCGAUAUCGAUGAAAAGACUAUGGCUGCGUUCCCGACGGGGAAGCCCCGCGAAGAAGAUCAUCUCGAGACGGUCAUUUGUAAGACGUGCAAGAGGCCGGUGUUGAAGCAGAAUGCGGUGGAACAUAUUCGAGGUUGUAUUCGCGCGAAGCAGGAGAAGGCCAGGAAGAAGAAGGAGGCACGGGAUGCGGCGAAUCGCGCAAAGGAGAAGGGUGAUAAGGAUGGUGAUGAAGAUGUGGGUGCUGGUGAGAAGGGUGAGGGUGGUGAAGAUUCGAUGAAGGGUCAGAAGAGCGCGAAGAAGUCCGCUGUUAAGGGAAUGGCGGAGGAUGGGACGAAAAAGGGGAAGAAGCGCAAAACGGAGGCCGGUGAGGAUGAUAAGGAUAAGGAACCGAAGAAGAAGAAAAAGAAGGAGGAGCCCAAACCGAAGGUGCCGAAGCCGAAGGGCCCUGUUGAUGUUGAGAAGCAGUGUGGUGUUACUUUGCCGAAUGGUGCGCAGUGCGCUAGGUCGUUGACUUGUAAGAGUCAUUCGAUGGGCGCGAAGAGAGCUGUUCCGGGGCGUUCGUUGCCGUAUGAUAUGUUGUUGCAGGCGUAUCAGAAGAAGAACCAGGCGAGGCAGCAGAAGGCUGCUAUCGAUGCGAACGCUCCGCUACAAGAUGAUUUGGAUAACAAUGGGCCUGUUGACUCGGACGAAGAGAAAGAUACUGUCAUGGCGGCCAUUUCUCGCUCUCAUCCAUACCCGAUGGUGACUCAUACAUUGAUCUCGACGAAGAAGAAGUACCAAUAUGUGCGGAUCAAGGAGAUGCUGUCCCAUGCAUUGGGUGGCUCACGCGGUGGUGGGCUCUUCUCGACAGGAGAUACUCUCUCCUCUCCGUUUCCGGAUGGCGGCAGCCUGUUCACCCCUGUAGAGGAGGUGUCUGUGCCCGAGCCUAUGGCCGUGGAUGAGCCGGAGCCGGCAGAAACGCAGGAAAAUGCGACAGAUGCUGGUGCGAAGACACCGGCACCUGAAGCCAAGAAGGUGCCAGUGGCGGCGGCUAGCUCGUAGAGCUCUCGCUGGGUAACGAGUGAUGAAAGGCUCCCAGGAUCGGAUAUACAUAUAGCCCGCUUAUGGGCAGGGAGUUUGGGCGAUGCUGGAUGGCGUUUCUGAAACGGUUUUGGGUCUUUUGGUUUGCUAUUUGAUAAGAUACCCCGCGCUCAGUCUUGCUGGCGUGCAUUAUUGUAAAUUAAAGUCGGUGCUUCUUUGG